CUCUAAUCAAGAACGUCGAUUAUGUAUCCGCGAAGCUUCUCUGGAUUUUGCUCGACGUUAUUACGAUCGCGAAACUUACAGAAGGAAAUCGUAAUAAUAGAUCUAACAUAACAAAAAAAAAAUCAAGCUGUAAAUGUGUAUAACGCAAGUAGCGAAAUUAUGCGAAUAUGCAAUACACAUACGAUCACGAACGGGCGAGAAACAUAAAAAGAAACCCCGAUUUCUAAGGAUUUCAUCGUACGAAUGAUAACGAUCCCACACGGAUCGAAAAAUAAUUUUCUUAGUCUCAUUAACAUUUACACGCUACUAUUAAUUUUGUUCAUUUCUCCACCACGCUCUUCUUCGCGCACCAUGUAGAUCGCAGAAUCCAUUUUCCGAUGAUAAUCGCAUACAAAAGAAAAUCAUUAAGCGUCGUUCAGUAAAAAUCGACGCGCCAACAAACUCGCAACAAACACCGAUUCAUGUUUGCCUCCCUUGUACUUGUACAUUAAUUUCUAUUUUAUAAAUAAAACUCACGAAAAACAUUCAUCCAUUCUUUUUUUUUGUUUUCAUUCACGUUUGAUAAGUAUUCGUCACGUCCCCGACGCUCCGCAACGACGAUAUUCGUUUAGUACUGGUUUUUUAAUCGAAUCAUCUUGUCGAACGAUCUCAUCGAUCUCUAGUAUGUACACAUACGUACGUACAUAUAAAAAUCACUGGUACUAUUGAUAAUGCUAUUGCGUAUAAUAUAGAACAAUAAAUUCAUAAUCUUUCAUUAUACAUAUUUGUUCACUUUUUCACGAAACGCUCGUUUCGACUAUUUUUCGAGUAAAUAUUUUAGCGGCUUACACGAGCGUGGAUUAGGUUGAAACAGAAGUCCACGGUGAAGAAACAGACAUAGUUCCGUUUAGAAUUUAAUCGUUAGAUAGUUACGAACGUCUGGAAACUCGUGUACGCAUUACGAAGUAUUUAAAUAUCCGACGAUCCGGAUUUAGUACGUAGUUCCGCAAUAUUUAGCAUUCGUUUUGUCAUGAUAGAGGAAACAAACGAUGAAAUUUCGAAAAUUUGAAUUUAUUGCCGGCACUAUUGCAUAUUGUACGAGUUCCACGUCCUGUAAUUCAUACUCGUAGUAGAUUUUUAAACGAAACGUAGGUUUUUAAACACGAACGGUAAGACUCGCGUAAUUACUAAUUGUAAAUAAUUACAAAGGAAUUGGGAAUGUAAUGACUUCGGAAUAGAUGUUUAUACUUGUAACAUUCUUCCAACCGACUUGGCUAAAUGUAUGGAAGGAGUGAAGAACUUUUUAUUAAUAAAUAAAGUCGUUCCUCUGAAUCGUUGUUCUUCAAGUUAUGGUUAAUUAAUGGUAGGUAGUGAUAUUAAGCGAAAACAUAUAUUAUAUAAAUAUAAAAAUAUGUAUAUACAUAUAUAUAUCAUUUUCUUCAACCAUUUUAAAAUGAAAAUACAGGUCUUCCUUUGAAAGAAAUGAAAAAAAUGUUACGAUACUUUAAAGUCGUUACGGACGCUAAUGUAAGUGGUGUGCAACAAGUACAGUAAGAUUCCUGGGAGACCCAGGAAGAGACACGGGUAUUUAGUGGUUCGGGAACGACGUUGGUUUCACGCUCGAAGGAAAUUAAUUCCGACGAUGGUCGCGGGUUAUCGCGUAAUCAACACCUCCUUUUAAUCAAUUAAGCUCGGCGGUCUAGCGACGAGGUACACGAGACACGAGCCUCGUCCCUGAGGAACGCAUCACGCUACUCCCAAGUGUUUGUUACCCGUCCGAGAAGACUCCGCCUUUUGGCACGGGACCCAAAGGAAGAGGAUGCAGUUAGCAUCCCGUGAACCCAAGUUAGCCGAGCGUGGGUGUCCGCGUAGGAGGAUCUUCGUGAAACCCCUCCUUCCUCGUGAAAGGUUUCCCUUCCUCUCGAUCCUCCUCUCCAAUGUUUCUCGAUCGGUCACCUCGGUGGAGAGGAAACCUCAGGAAAGAAGAGGAGGAGAUUUCCGUAAAAAGAGAGAGGGAGGGAAUACAUCGGAGAAUGAUGUCUCGAUGAUAAGCCGCGAGGUGUAGUCGACUCGGGGGAGUUCUUUCUGAUUCAUCCGAUGUCGCGUUCACGCCGCCGACGACUUUAAGCCCUUGUCAGCGUCCGGAUCUCGAGGUGAAGACAAGUCCUGUUGACGAGAGGUGUGAGAGCCCGUCGACGAUGUCGAGCAUCCUCUGAUAGUCGCCCCAGGAUCUCGAAUCUCGUUGAUUGCCUCGAACCGCUUAACGACCAGCCACGAAAGAUAACCGUCCUUCGGGACAUGCUCGCCAAUUUCUUUUUCCUUCUGUUUCAACGUCGACAAACCUUGUCCCAGUUUCCGCGUGACAUCCACCGAUUGUUUUUUGCGGACCAAAUUUUCGACGAGACGGAAAAAAGAUUAAACAGAAAGCAGAGAAUCAAGUGCCAGGCUGUAACGUGUGUUUCUUGUUGUUAAACGUGACGGUGACUGUGAUCGAAGGGUGGAAUCGAUCGAAAUUUUCAAAGGAAGCCUUACAUUGUACAAUACGGUUGCAUUAUGCACGAAACAGUGGUGAUUGCGAUUUGGUUCUGAAGACUGCAGAGAAUCGAGUCGAAUUUUUACGAAGGAUCGUAUUAAAUUUACCCUUCAGUUUCGGUUCAAGUUGUGCUUUGGAGUGAAUGAUAAAGAGUGUUCAAGUUCAAAGGUAUAUGGUGAAUUUGUGAGAAAAAAGAAAGUGAUUCGGUUGUCGAUGUUGCCAGAGGACCAGUAAGGAUGCAACAGCAACACGAGCCACGGCACGAUAUCACCGCUGAUUGCUGCUAUCAGCAAUGGGCUCCCCAUCAUCAGACUCACCAUUCUGCUCAGCCCAUGACGAGCGUUCCAUCCCCAAUGCAACAGAUGGAAGCGUGUUUGCAGACCGCGGGAAGGGUGAAACGAUCCCGUAGCCCCAACUUACCGAAAACCUCGCUAACACAGCGCGUCGCUAAUUCGUCGAUUUCCACGACAACUCCCACAGAAUCUCGCAACGAUAGCAACAACAACAAUCGUCAUUACGGUGACCACCAUCCCAGAGAGAAUGGCGCGAGUUUGACGGAAGAAUCUGGCUCCAAGAGGCCUCUACAUUCCGCUCUGGUUGGUGCCGGCGCUGCUCUCGAAGCGAAACCACUAUGGGAAGAAUUCCAUCAAUUAGGAACAGAAAUGAUCGUCACAAAAGCUGGAAGAAGAAUGUUCCCUACCUUCCAGUGUCGUUUUUUUGGGUUAGACCCCAACACGGAUUACCUGCUGGUGAUGGACUUCGUACCCUGCGACGACAAGAGGUAUCGAUACGCUUUUCACAGCAGCGCCUGGGUAGUGGCUGGUCGCGCGGAUCCAAUCUCGCCUCCGAGGAUUCACGUGCAUCCUGACAGUCCUGCGAGUGGCGCUCAUUGGAUGAAGCAACCCGUUUCGUUCGACAAACUGAAGCUCACGAACAAUCAACUCGACGACAACGGACACAUAAUCUUAAACUCUAUGCAUCGGUACCAACCAAGGUGCCACGUGGUGGUCGCGCCCUCGCCGCCAGGUUCUGGCCCCGAUCCUCGCACGGAGAACUUCAAAACCUUCACCUUCCCCGAGACGAGAUUCACCGCUGUAACCGCCUACCAGAAUCAUCGCAUCACGCAACUGAAGAUCGCCAGCAAUCCGUUCGCCAAAGGGUUCAGAGACUGCGAAUCGGACGAGUGCGACUCCGUUACAGUUUCCAGUAUGCAGAAUCCUGCGAAGAGGCCCGCGACCGGAAGCACCGGCGUACUCUCGUCGAGUAGUUACGUGAACGCGAUACCAACGGUCCAGAUCCCUGGUAUAUCUAGUCAGGAUCAUCAUCAAUUUUACGGAGCUGCCGCUGCUGGACCUUGGGCUUAUCCCGCGCACCAUGGUCAACCUGCGGCGCAUAUGAAUUCUGUUCAUUAUCCAACGCAUCCUCAUCAUGCGCAUCCCUCGGGAGCGUCGUUGUACGGGCCACGAUAAUUCGGAGUUGCGAGGAACGUCAUUCGAAAUGAACACAGCGAUCUUUUUUAUAUUCUGCAGAUUGUAGAGCACUGAAAAAUAUUAAACAUAUUUUGAUAUGCGUAUUAGAGAAGACUACCCUUGAGUACAUCAACAGGUGUAGGAAUUGGAAAACUCAUUGUUGAUUGUUUGGAAAGAAUGGAAGUUGUACGGUGGACUAAGCAAACGUUCUUUCCAGCAGCAUAUCGUAGAACGUGCGAUGAACGAGUGUCGCGAAUCGUGCCUUAUCGAGAGAGUAAUUGCAGAGAAAGUUUGUGAAAACUAUACCAAAGAUAGUACUAGCUUUAAGUAUGUAAUAUACAGUAACUUGAAUUAUAUUCGUAUCCAGUGUCUUUAUACAUACGUAAGAUAAAAAGAAGCAGCGAGCCAAAUGUAACGAUAACGCAAUCGAUGAUCUACUUUGAUCAAUUUUUCCUAAGAUCUUUCGGUGAACUGUUACUCUGCCUUCGUAGCGUGUAGUAUUUAUUCAAAAAUCAUUUAUUCUUAAUAAAUCAUCGUACUCGUAAACAAGGUACCGGUGACGUUCAUCGAAAACAUAUUUAUUAAAUGAUAAUUUACCGAAGGAUCUUGAAAAGGUGAAAGAGAAUAAAAUAUGUAAUUCGAUUCGAUAUAAUUUCGAUAUCUCGAGCGUCGGCCUAGAUAAAAAUUCCGCCGAUUCCUGGCGUGAUUAGUACCGUCGCUGUUCGCGACGAUCGAACCACGCGAUACAAAUCGGUUGUUGGUGUCGUAGGUCCGUAGCUCGACGGUCGAAAAAGAAAGUGCCUUUUGUAGGAGCAAAGUGCAUCUAUUUAUACAGGGUGUCUGAAAUGCCAAACGGGCCUAAAACGCUCUCGAGCCAAGUCGGGAAAGUAAACGCACCGUGACAACCCAUGAGAGAGCUUGGUCGCUAAGUGCCUUAAUAAAUUAUUCUCCAAGUAUCGUGUGCCAUUGUAUCUCGAAAUUUUUUUCCCCCUCGAAUGUUCUCUUUCCUCGAGAAUCCGCUAAUAUUAAGAAACUCAAGAGCGCUCUGCGUGCGCAACGGUCCUGUACGUAUUCGAAAAAAAAAAGAGAAGUGUAUGAAAUAAAUGUCAACGUGACAUCGAGCACUCGAGUUCAAGACCAUUUCUUUUACCGCUUCUCGCGACCUCCUCUUUCCUUUAUCUUCAAUUCUACCCCUACAUUUAGUCAUAUUUCAUACAAAAAUCCAAAAGCUUUUCCGUUUAACUUCUACGUAUACUCUAAGUCGGCGAAGUCGUUGGCAGAAAACGUCACGGAGUGCAUACGCCAAAUCGUCGAACAACAUUUUGGUAGACGAGCACGGCGCGCGCGGUGGUUUAACACCGAUACUGUUAAAAACGACACGCUAAUGCCAACGAAGCGACACGGAACGCGAGCGUCUGACGCGACGCAAGGCGACACGACGCUGUCGGUUUCCACGCAUAGAAAAACGGAUGGACCGACGUGGCCCGUGAUUGAUGGCCAUGCGAAGCAACCCGUUGUGUAAACAUAUUACAAACGUAUCCUUAAUGACUCUCGGUGAAUAUCUCCCACUUGCAUCCACCGAAACGUUUUGUAGUCGCGAGUGAGUGAGCUACGCCCGAUGUCGCAAACAACGGAAAUAACAAAAAAGGAAACGCUUGGAUCAAAGCGAUUAAAAUGACCGUACACGUUUAAAUUAGAUUUGCGCUUAUUUCGGUACGGUCUCGCGACUCCCAACACGAGUUUAAACAAAGCGAAUCGUGGACGAAUAAUUGAUGUUUAAAAUGCGGGCGAAUGCAAUGCCUAAUCUAUUCGAUACUUAUCAGUUAAAGGCUCUGUUUCUGUACGGAGUACAUUGUCCUAGCUUCCGUCUCCUCGAUACCUCCUGAUUUUAUACAAGGCUUGAUAGAAAUCAAUAGGGACCCUUUAAAAAUUCUUUCUAUUAAGGGGGUUCGUGAAAAGAUACAAAGAAAUGCCAGGGAUAGAAGAAGCGAAGAGGAAAAAGAGAAAGAAUAAGAAAUCUCGUGUUUCGAGAGAACCGGUGCGAGUGCAGACUUUUCGUCUACAGAGAGACCGCGCUUAUCGGUGACGCGUGACGGCGCCGGCAAUAAAAAGCGACCGUCGGCCUAUCUUCGCUCAUUCUUUCAUCUUCCUCGUAGGUGCCAGGCAGGCUCAGCCCUGUAGAAGUCAACCCUCGACAGGGUUAGGUGACCCCGCGCUGCUGGUGGCAAUUCUGUUCGCGAGAACCAGCUGCCCUCAAAGCCAACUCUUUAAAACCUCCGAAGACCCAUUUUCUCGAUAAAUGGAACACCGACGGCGUUACGAUGUAUGUAUAUCGCGUACAAGCCAACUGACGGAACGUUCGAUUGCUCGAUCGCUCCCUUCCAAAGAUCCAGAUACUGGUCGAGAAUAAACUGUGUUUAUUGAGAGAUCGAGGGCCUGAAACGUGCCUGGGAAAACCUUUUCAAGUGGUCUCAUUCGGCGCGAGAAGACAGUGGGGUCUCACUAAAUAACCAUACGUUUCGACCUUGCAUUCGCUGUGAAAUCUUUGGGGGGUCCGAGGACCUCCAAAGAAGUGACAAAUUUCGGUCACUUUUUCGUCGUUCCACGCAUUCUUUUGGCCAUUAAAAAUUCGAUGUCUCUCGGAAAAAGUUCCACGAAGACAAACGUGCCGGUUUUAUUAUCGAGUUCGAAUAAUCUAACAACGAUAAGUACAACGUAGGUCGCAUUAAACGGCCAGUGAAAUCGGAAGCGAGGAGAAAUAAAAUGAUAGAUGGCGUUCCAAGAAAGACAAGCGCUCGAUAAAUCUCUCUAAUUUUCCGGUAGUGGCUCGUUGGUCGCGGAUCAAAGACCGACAAAUGAAUCGCUCGGUAGAUGAAAGGAAAAAAACCGUGAAGAGAAAUGGAGGAAAAAGAAGGAAAGUGCAAGCGACCGUGCGUGCAUCCGUAAACCGAAACAUUUCGGGGGAUGUGGAGGGUAAAGUGUUGCGUUAUCCCACGGACCAUGAAUCCGUCAUCGCUAGCUACCAGAGGAAAUACCGCUGGGUAUACGGUGCGACGACUGCUGGAGCUUUUAUAGUUUUCACGCUGUUUGAUACAACCAAACGGUUUUUGAACCUUCGACCAGAACACCUUCUUCUCACCGAUCGAAACGGCGUACAGCAAUGUUUCUCGAGUUGUCAUUCGUUUUUCUCCACGAAACGUUCCGAUAAAUGUGUCAUAAAUGUUUCUCGUCCGAGUUAAACAUCGAUAUCUCUUGAAAACUUGAAAAGAAUUACUGUACACCACGGAUUUCAACUUUUCAAAUGGCGAACAAAUGAGAUGAACGGAACGGUUUAAACGCAACGGUUUAAAGAACGAGAGAAUCGGGUACGUAGAUACGAAGUAUGAGUUAUAAAGAAACGAAGCAACCGCCAUUUCGCAGCGUCGUUAAAAGAAUUGUCAAUUUCCUGACCCGGUAGGAGAAACGAACAGCUUUCCAGAAUCGGUAACGUUUUUGUAAAAAAAAAAAAAGAAAA